AUGCCGCCACUACCAGGAUUCUCAGACAAUCCGUUCGAAAGCAGGGAUGAUUUUAUUGAAGCCAUCAUCGCUUUAAUCAGUCCACUCAACAAAUACUUCUCACCAGAAAAGUCACGAGUUCGCAUCCCAGUAGCAACGGGUGCACAUUUUGAUGAGUCAGCGGCACAACUGGAGGGCUUCGCAAGGCCACUAUGGGCAAUCGCACCAUUGCUGUACGGGUACGACUCCAUCACCAACGAAGACCUGAAAGCUCGUGUCGAUAAACUGGUCCAGCCAUGGGCCGAAGGAUUCAUUGCUGGGACUGAUCCUCAGCAUCCGGAGUACUGGGGAUCAACGCAUAACAUGGAUCAACGUAUGGUGGAAGCAGAGAUGAUCGCAUUCGCACUUCUCGCUGCCCCAAAGAGAUUCUACGAUCCUUUGACUGAGAGUCAGAAGAAGAACAUCCAGUCAUGGCUGAGUUCAAUCAAUGGAAAAAAGAUGCCUCCAACCAACUGGCGCUGGUUCCGUGUCUUCUGCAACCUCGCCCUGGUCAAGACCUGCGGCGUACCUCAAUCCCAAGUUCAGGAAGAGAUGGAUGCCGACCUAGAAAUACUGGACAGCUUCUACAUCGGUGAUGGAUGGUCAGCAGACGGGCCGUGGCAAACAGCCGAGCAAGCAAACCAUGAACAAGAGCUAGCAAGCAAGACCGGACGUCGAGAUGCAAUUGGAGUUGGAAGACAGGCGGAUUAUUACUCUGGAAGCUUUGCUAUUCAGUUCAGCCAGAUUCUAUAUUCCAAAUUUGCGGCUGAUAUGGAUGAGACGAGAUGCGAGAUCUAUCAGCAGCGUGCCCGAGACUUUGGAUCGCAGAUUUGGAGAUAUUUUGACUCUGAAGGCUCGUCGAUACCGUUUGGCCGGUCACUUACAUACCGCUUUGCCUGUGGAGGAUUCUUUGGUGCGCUGGCGUUUGCCAAGAUCCCAAACAUGCCAAAGCCACUCGAUUCACCUGGAGCUAUCAAAGGAUUCCUUGUACGGCAUCUGAAGUGGUGGGCACAAAAUUCGAGUGACAUCUUUUCCACCGACGGUACCCUCACCAUCGGUUGGCUGUAUCCAAAUAUGUACAUGGCUGAAGACUACAACUCCCCGCAAUCCGUUUACUGGUGCCUCAAGACCCUCAUCGCCGUCGGUCUAGCAAGCAAUGAUGAAUUCUGGACUUCAGAAACCCUUCCAUAUCCACCCUUCGAUCCUCCUACGCAAGUCAUCCGAGCUCCCCAGCAAAUCCUCUGCAACCACCCGCUCGGAAAUCACCACUUCAUGCUCUCACCCGGCCAAUUCGUCGCAUGGCCUAUGAAAGCCAACCAAGCCAAGUACUGCAAAUUCGCAUACUCCUCCGCGUUUGGGUUUUCUGUUCCUACAGGACCUCUCAUUCAACAGAUUGCGCCAGAUAAUCAGUUGGCGCUGAGUAGAGACGGUGGUGAAACUUGGGCGGUCAAAUGGAAAUGCGAUGAGGUGAAAUUUGGCACUUUGGCGAUCAAAGCGGAGAAGGGUAAUGAGAUAAAUGUGUCUGUUGCAAGUGUGAGAUGGUAUCCGUGGGGAGAUCGGGCUGUGGCUGUUGAUACUGUCUUGAUUACGCCGAGUGAUGAAUGGCCGGAUUGGCAUGUGCGGAUGCAUCGUAUACGCUGUCACGCUGCUAUACCUUCACUACAUAUCGUUGAAGGUGGAUUUGCCAUAUAUGGCCGCAGGAAUGCUGAUGGUAUGAACCUACCAACAGUCCAAGUUCCCAACAAUGCCACGCCUGGAACAUUCGAGGGUACCUUUUCAGACGGCAACUCGACAAUCAUCUCAUCGAAAGACGGAUGUAGUGGCAUUGUCACGGAUGCUCUUCUGGAUCGCGAAAGACUCGAACUGGAGAGUGUUGCUCUAAAGCCCGACUCGAACACCAAUAUCGUCCGUCAAAGAACACUUAUACCAACAACCUCUGCUGGAGUACCAGGUCUACAGACUGGUCAGGAGAUAUGGAUGAGGACAUCCGUAUUCGCCAUAUCGUCAUUAGCCAACCAGGGGGUGCAAAAGAAUGAGGCUAUGAAUCUUCAUGAGAGAUGGUCGAAACGUCCGCCAAUUGGCGUUGAAGAGCUAGAGCAGGUACUUCACAAUAUGUAG